AUGGAGAUAAAACCCAGUAAAUCCCGCAGUAUCUCCAUUGUCAAAGGCCAGCUCAGCAAUGAGCGGUUCCACGUCAACAACGAGCCAAUACCAACCGUUCUGGAGAAGCCUGUCAAAAGCCUUGGCCGCUGGUACAGCGCAGAGCUCAAAGACUCGAAGCAGUUGGAGCAACUCAAACUAGAUACCAUCCAUGGCCUCAAGCAGAUCAACAGCACAGCUCUGCCUGGAAAGCUGAAACUGUGGUGCCUCCAGUUUGGGCUGCUGCCCCGUCUCAUGUGGCCAAUUUCCAUCUAUGAGGUCACUAUAUCCCAUGCCAAGCGGCUGGAGAGACUGGUGAACGCACAA